AAACAUCUACAAUGGCUUUCGGAGAUUUGAAGACCCCUGCCGGCCUUGAGCAGCUCGAGGCUUUCCUCGCUGACAAGUCCUACAUCGACGGUUUCACCCCUUCCCAGGCUGACGUUGCCGUCUACAAGUCCCUCCAGGGUCCCUUCUACCCCAACGUCGCCCGUUGGUUCUCCCACAUCGCCUCCUACGAGUCCGAGUUCGGUUCCCUCCCCGGAGACGCUGCCAAGACCGCUACCGAGUACGGUGCCGGUGCCGCCUCUGCCCCUGCCGCUGCUCCCGCUGCUGCCCCCGCUGCCGCCGCUGAGGACGAGGACGACAUCGACCUCUUCGGUUCUGACGACGAGGAGGAGGACGCUGAGGCUGAGCGCGUCAAGGCUGAGCGUGUCGCUGCCUACAACGCCAAGAAGGCCGACAAGCCCAAGACUAUCGCCAAGUCUGUCGUCACCAUGGAGGUCAAGCCCUGGGAUGACGAGACUGACAUGAAGGAGCUCGAGACUGCCGUCCGUGCCAUUGAGCAGGAUGGUCUCGUCUGGGGUGCCUCCAAGCUCGUCCCCGUCGGUUACGGUGUUUCCAAGUUGCAGAUUACCCUCGUCGUUGAGGACGAGAAGGUUUCCCUCGAUGAGUUGCAGGAGAAGAUUGCUGAGGAUUGUGAGGAUUGGGUUCAGUCUUCUGAUAUUGCUGCCAUGCAGAAGCUCUAAGCGCUGUCUGAUAUUGAGGUCUGGAGGUGAAGUGUAGG